AAAGUAUUGCUUCUGCCAAAUGUAAACCCGGAAUAUCUAAUAUCGAUUUAUUUAAGACUAAUUCUGUAUAAGACUUCAUUCUUUUAAUUGGUAAUCAAAGGAAAGAUAAAAAGCAACGAGAUCUAUUUAUCGAUUUUAUUUCAUAUCAUUUUUAUAGAUAAGUGCACAGCGAAUUAUUUUUUUCAAGCAUCGAAAUGUGAAAUUGCCUUAUUUUUACGGUUGCGUACGUACAAUAAAUUGAAAAAAUAAGCAGUAACGCUCCGUUAAUAUUAAAACGUUCAGGUCCGAUUUAAACAAGAAAUUCGCAGCAAAUUCUGAAUCUUAAAAUCUUUUUAUCGUAGGUCAAUAAAACAAACAGAGAACAGAAUCGUGGUAAUUUCAUUUUUAAUAUUCGAAAUUAACUUUUGGACUGACUGAAGUGAUAUAACAUGACAGUUGAAUAAGACAUAGCUGUACAAUUUUUAAUUAAUUUUUAUUUGAAUAUGUACUUCAAGUUUUACGUUUAGAAGCUUUUUUUCUCUAUACAUUAUACUAUCAGUUUUUACAAAGUUACUUUUUGUAAUCUAUUAUCCCAAUUAGUAAGAAUUGUUUAUUUGCACUGCGUAGAAAUGAGAGACAAUUAUAAAGAUUAUUGCUUUGGCGACUUUAAAUUCUCUUUAAAGACAAAUGCGACUGUUUGCUUAAUUAAAUAACAUUCACUUAUUUAUCAAAGUCCCUAAUUCUAAGAUGUGUGUUAAAUUGUUACUGAAACAAGUUAAGUUAAAAAGUACACUAUAUAACAGUUGAUACAGUUUGACGUUAUUCACAUGUAACAUUUGUAUUUAAAAGUUGGUUAAAACACAUUCAAACUGUAUCGAAUAUUCUGGUAACGAUAACAAUACUGAAAUAAUAUAUGUGAGUCCGUUCAUUCAUUAUUUAUUUAGCUUCAACGUGAAUAACAGUAAUGAUGAUAGUGUGGCCAUGGGUAUGUAUAGAUGCGUGCGCUUACACGCCUAUACGAAUAUCAAAAAAAGAACCUCGAUGGUUUCUCAUUUGAGAAUUCGAUUUGAAAAUACGAGUAAAGUUAAGAGUCUGGCUUGCAGCACCGUUAUUUAAACAUCCCGAUCGAUUACAGAUAUUGUUGUUGGCAAUAAUUUAAGGUGAGUCGUAAAUUCAACUGGUUUCAAAUAUUUAUACUUCGUGAUUUCAGAUAUGCUCAGUUUGAAAUUGAGAUUUAAACUGUAUUAAAUAGAUUAAUCUGUUCGUUAAAAAUACUCAUGCAAUUUCAAGUAAAUAUUAAUGACUAUGUAACAGCAACGGUUUUAUAAUAUCAUAGGAGGAACUGUGAAGUAUUUUAAAGUAAACGUUUAGUUGCUAUUCAUAAUUUUCAAUACUAAAGUCAAUCCUGUAUUUUUAAUAUUUUACAAAGAUCGACAAAAAUGUUUAAAGUUGAUAUUAAUAAUUAGUAGAUCCGUUCUAUAUUCUCUAUAUCUUUUAAUAAGACUUACGGUGAAGAGCCAGAGUUUAGAUACUCAAGCAAAGGCAACUUACGCUGCUAUGUCGUGGUGGGAAAGUUAUAGCUCUAUUUAAAAUUCUCGUGAACACAAAUAGUCGUCAAAUAUUUGGCCAAAUAUUUAUAAAUUUAUAAAUGGCCAAAAUAUGUUUAGCCAUUGUUCAUAUGCUUCAACUAGAUUUUGUAAUAACGAAAAAGCACUUUUUGUGUAUACUCUUUGGUAACUUUUAACUUGUUUAGUUCUUCACCUCUAGAUACAGUUUUGUUAUGAGUUUCUUAUUUUAGUAAUAUUAAGCUUCUAGAAAUACGUCUGACGUUUACUAUUCUAUCGUAGCUGUAGUUUUUACGCUUACAGAUUGACGCACCACAGAACUGCUACAUUGCCAUGUCUGACAUAUAGUAUGUACUUUGUAUAUAGGCACAUACAUGGCUCUAAAAGUGAAAUCUCACUUUGCUUGUCCUUCUAUAUUUAGACACAAAGCUCAUCCUGUCGCACACUUUUUGCAAGAGCACGCAGGCUUGAAUCCUACCGAGUCCAUGACACGUGCAUUGAUUAGUGAUGAUAAUAUCGCCCGCCAGACUGCCCUUGGUCCUGUCCAACUGGGAUUCGUGGCAGGAGUUAUCCUACGAGAACGUAUUCCAGCAUUUGAACGUAUGCUUUGGCGAGCAUGCCGUGGUAAUGUAUUCCUGCGUCAAGCAGAGAUUGAAACCCCUCUGGAAGAUCCUUCAACGGGAGAUCAAGUCUUUAAAUCUGUAUUCAUCAUAUUCUUCCAAGGAGAUCAAUUAAAAACUCGAGUUAAAAAGAUUUGCGAAGGAUUUAGAGCUACUUUAUAUCCUUGUCCCGAAGCACCCGCUGAUCGUCGUGAGAUGGCUAUGGGAGUUAUGACUCGAAUUGAAGAUUUAAAUACAGUUCUUGGACAAACUCAAGAUCAUCGACAUCGUGUCCUAGUAGCCGCUGCAAAAAAUAUUAAGAAUUGGUUUGUGAAAGUUCGCAAAAUCAAAGCAAUCUAUCAUACUUUAAAUUUAUUUAAUUUGGAUGUUACGCAAAAGUGUCUAAUUGCUGAAUGUUGGGUUCCUGUGCUAGAUAUUGAAACAAUACAAUUAGCAUUGCGUCGUGGAACUGAACGGAGUGGAAGUUCUGUACCACCGAUUUUAAAUCGUAUGGCAACGUUUGAAGAUCCGCCUACUUAUAAUCGAACCAAUAAAUUUACCAAAGGUUUCCAAGCUCUGGUAGAUGCAUAUGGAGUAGCUUCUUACAGAGAAAUGAAUCCAUCUCCUUACACUAUUAUAACAUUUCCAUUCUUAUUUGCUGUUAUGUUUGGUGAUACUGGGCAUGGUUUAAUUAUGUUUCUCUUUGGCGGAUGGAUGGUAUUAAAAGAAAAACCAUUGGCUGCAAAGAAAUCUGAUAAUGAAAUUUGGAAUAUCUUCUUUGGUGGUCGAUAUAUCAUUUUUCUAAUGGGCUUAUUUUCAAUGUAUACUGGACUUAUAUACAAUGACAUAUUUUCUAAAUCAUUAAAUAUCUUUGGGUCAUAUUGGAGAAUCAAUUAUAAUAUUUCAACGAUAGUCACAAAUAAGGAGUUGCAAUUAAAUCCUAGUGAUACAGAACAAUAUUUACAAAUUCCAUAUCCCCUAGGAAUGGAUCCUGUGUGGCAAUUAGCAGAGAAUAAAAUUAUUUUUCUAAAUUCAUACAAAAUGAAAAUAUCUAUCAUUUUUGGAGUCAUACAUAUGUUGUUUGGUGUGAUAAUUGGUCUAUGGAACCAUAUGUAUUUCAGGAGACAGCUGAGCAUAAUUUGUGAAUUUGUCCCUCAGAUUAUUUUCCUAGUAUUCCUUUUCCUUUACAUGGUAUUACUUAUGUUUAUUAAAUGGAUUAGCUAUGGUCCUAAUAGCGAUAACACAGAUCCAGCACAUGGACCAUUCUGUGCACCAUCAGUAUUAAUUACAUUUAUUAACAUGGUAUUAUUCAAGCCUGGUACUGCACCAGCCAAAGAAUGUAGCCCCUGGAUGUACAGUGGGCAAAGUGGAUUCCAAUCGUUCCUCGUUGUAAUAGCUGUUCUUUGCAUUCCAUGGAUGUUAUUGGCAAAACCUGUUUCAAUGAUGUACAAUAGAAAGAAACAACAUUAUCAGUUAAACAAUCAUGGUACAGAAAAUGGUGACAUAGAAGGCGCUGUUGAUGCUAUACAACCAGUAAGUGGAAUUCCUCAAGGAGGUCACAAAGAAGAAGAAGAGGAUAUGAGUGAAGUAUUUAUUCAUCAGGGCAUUCAUACCAUUGAAUACGUUCUUGGUAGUGUAUCUCACACUGCAUCCUAUCUUCGUUUAUGGGCCUUAUCUCUUGCCCAUGCACAAUUAUCAGAAGUAUUGUGGAACAUGGUAAUGAGAAAUGGGUUAACUCAAGAAGGUUGGUCAGGAGGUAUCAUUUUAUGGGCUGUAUUUGCAUUUUGGGCUGUUUUAACUGUCGGCAUUCUAGUUCUUAUGGAAGGCUUAUCAGCUUUCUUACAUACACUUCGACUUCAUUGGGUCGAAUUUCAAAGCAAAUUUUAUGCUGGACAAGGAUACGGCUUUCAACCAUUUUCGUUUGAAAUUAUUUUGGAUGCAGCUCAAUCUACUGCAGAAGAUUAAAGUAUAUUGCUUCAUAAUACAAAGUUUUACUUACUCCAUAUACUAUCAGUGGACUUGUUCUUCAUAAGUAUAGAAAACAUAAAAGUAAUAAUAUUAUGACAUUUUCAUGCCAAUAGAAUUCUAACAAGUCUCUAAAGUGUUAUCAUGUUAAUAUUAUGUUUAAAUAAAUUAAAUCAUUUUUAUUCUGUAA